AUUGCAAUCAAUUUGACAAUUCAUUUCACAAACAAAUCAUUCGCAGAAAUGGCUGAAUUGUUAUUUGUGCCGUUUAAAAAAUCCUCAGACGUUGAUAUCGUCAAACCUCUGAAGAACUUGAUCCACUCGACGUACAACACAGGGGAUCUCAAUGAAGACUUCACGGAUCAAAUCAACGAGCUCAGCCGGCUUCGCACCAACGCUAUUUGGAAAGUGUUCGAGAAGUCGUCACUAGAUGUUCUUUACAGCUACUAUGAUCAGCUGGCAUCAUUGGAAAGCAAGAUACCUCCACAAGAGGUGCAGAUCCCCUUCAAGUGGAAAGAUGCCUUUGACAAAGGGUCCCUAUUUGGAGGCCGGAUGAGUCUUACUAUCAGCUCCCUGUCGUUUGAGCGCAUGUGCAUCCUGUUCAACAUGGCAGCUAUGCAGAGUGCCAUUGCUGCCCAGCAGCCGCUCGACACUGAAGACUCCCUUAAACUUGCAGCCAAACUGUUUCAGCAAGCGGCGGGAAUAUUCAGCUACAUGAAGGGAAACAUAAUGAUGGCGGUGCACCAGGAGACCACGCCCGAUCUCAACCCCGACACCCUCAACGCUCUGUCACAGCUGAUGCUUGCACAGGCUCAAGAGGUCAUCGCAUACAAGUGUAUCAGAGAUGAAAUGAAAGACAGCAUGGUGGCAAAAGUGUGCUCGCAGUGUGAAGAGUUGUUCAUGGACGCCAUGCGCUCGAUGCAGAAGGACGCCCAGCGGAACCUGUGGGACAGGGAGUGGAUACCUGCCAUUCAAGCAAAGCAAGCGACUUUCCGCGGUCUCACCCAAUACUUCCAAGCGCAAGUUUGCCGCGCGAACAAAGCCGUCGGCGAAGAGAUCGCGCGUCUUCAAAUCGCCACAGAACUAUUGAAGAAUAUGCGAGAAGGUUCUCCCGUGUAUGAGCUCAGCGCAAAGGCCUCGAGGCAACUGGCGGCUGCCAUCCGCGACAACGACUUCAUAUACCACGAGCGGAUCCCAGACGCGAGGUCUCUGGAACCAGUUUCACGAGCGCAUGUCGCUCAAGCCUUGCCUCCUCAGGAACGCUGGUCUCCCAAAGUUCACGAUCUGUUUGACAAGCUGGUGCCAAUGGCGGUCCACCAAGCCAUGCAAGCCAGCUCGGCUCGCCGCGCUGAGAUUGUCAAUGCUGAGAUCAACAAGCUGAGAGAAGCCACACAAUUGCUCAAUAGCAUCCUAGCAUCACUCAACCUGCCAGCAUGUAUCGAAACAGAAGGAACUGGCGGAGCGGGUCUACCGGAGUCCAUCCGCAGUAAAGCCGCGGCGGUGCGAGCAGCUGGCGGCUUGCCCGCCUUGCAGCAGCUCAUGGCUGAACUGCCCGAGCUCCUGCAGCGGAACAGAGAGAUACUGACUGAGGCAGAGCGUAUGUUGCGCGAGGAAGCGGAAGCGGACGCGACGCUGCGCGCUCAGUUCGGCGCGCGCUGGACACGCACUGAGUCCGAUAAAUUAACGGAGGCGAUUCGCGCCAACGCGGCCAAGUACUCGCAGAUCAUUGAUGGUGCAGUCAGAGCGGACGCCAUCGUGCAACAGAAGUUCCAGCAGCACAAAGAGAGCAUCGAGCUACUGAGUCGCAGCGACGACCAGAUAGACGCGGGGGUGCCCAACGCGCCCACGCCCACCGGCGGCGACGGAGACAUCGUGCGCACGCUGCGCAACCUUAUGAACACGGUGGAAGAAAUAAAAUCGGAGCGCGAUGCAAUCGAAUCGGAGCUCAAGAGUGCAACAAUAGAUUUACGGGAGAAAUUCCUCUCUGCAUUAGCAGCGGAUGGCGCUGUGGACGAACCUGCGAUAUCCGCAGGAGCCCUAGGCGCAGCCCUGGCGCCCUUACAACGCAGGGCCAAGGAGUCCCUAGCGAGGCAGGAGACCUUAGCUGAGGAAUUGCAGAGGAACCAUGCGGCGCUGAUGGAGACUCGAGGAGGUGCUAGUAACAGGGAUGAGGUGUUAGGGAAACUGUGCGCGGCUUACGAUGCUUACCAAGACUUGACUAGCAAUUUGAAGGAAGGUGUCAAGUUUUACAAUGAUCUGACACAGCUGCUGGUAGCGUUCCAAAACAAAGUGUCAGACUUCUGCUUCGCGCGCAAGACGGAAAAGGACGAGUUGUUAAAGGACCUGACGCAGGAGGCCUCUCGCUCCACGCAGCGCCCCGCGCCUUCGCCCCCGCAGUAUCAAGACGCAAGUGUUAACGAACCGUCCGUGGUGGCUAAGAGGGACCCGCCUCCCCGGCCUCCCCCGCCCUCCGCCGCGCCCGCGCCCGCCGCGCCGCCGGCCGCCGCCGCAGCGCUGCCGUACCCUCAACAACCACAGGGUAUGCCACUGCCGUACGGGACGCCGCUGGCCCCGUACCCCGUGUACGCGCCGAUGCCAGCGAUGUACAACCCGUACGCCACGCUGCCCUACCCGCACCACUCGCGCGUGCCCCCCGGCGCGCCCUACCAGCCCUAUCAGUACCCGCAGCACCCCGCCGGCUACCCGCAGCCGCCGCCCGCCGGUUACAACCCCUACCAGCAACAAUAGACACACCGCAUCCCCCCUCGGCAUUUUACUAUCGGACCGCGCGGCAUCGGAACAGUUUGCAUCCCUAUUCCACUCCACUUCCAUUCCACUGACUCAUACGCAGUAAUUCGCUUCCUCAUUUCUAAUUCGCCCUGCUAGAGUUUAGAAUGCCCUUUGGGUUAUAACUGUCCUAAGUAAAUAGAACUACGUGAACAAAUAAAACUUGUUCACGUAGAUUGAACACUGUACUUUUUAAUUUGCAUGGCGGCCAUUUCGAAAUUCGCCAUCUUGGUUUUUAUUUCUAACAGAUGGACAGUGGAGGCUCCUUUUGGACCCCUGCGGAACCCUAAAAACAUGUUCUAUAAGCACUUAUUUGUCUCGAACACUUUUUGCACAUAAAGUAAGUCCAAAGAAGUUUAAAUAUAAUGUCACACCCUUGUUGAAUACAUAUUUCCUGUUUCUUUUCAUUUAUAUAUUCUUUUUAGGGUUCAAAAGGCCUAUGUAACAUGUAACCAACAUUUGGACACUCUGAAUCUGAAAAUUCUGAACUUGCUUUACAUUGAUAGAGCUUGAGGAGUAAAAAUAAAUGCUUUACCAAUAAACAUUAAAAAUUUACUCUAUGGAGUUUUUAAAAAUAAAUAUAUCUGGGGUUGUAAACAAUCAGGGAGGAAAUACAUAAGUGCUACCGGCUACAAUAAGUUAGUUUUAUGUACAAAUAAUCAAAUUAUUUUUACCGUAAUAUAUUUAAUUUUUAUAGAAAUGAAAUUAAUGUAGUGUGAAUAAUCGAAAUAUAUUACUAACUCAAUGAUUUUAGUGAGCUAUGUGGCAAGGCUCAAACAGUUGAUAUAGUAUACUGCUGUAUUCGUGAUCCCUUCAAUAUAAUUAUAGGUACUGGUGAACAAACAAAUGGUACUUCUAAUAAUUAUAAUACUUAUAUUUUUUUUUAAUCUGCACAUUUAGAGACCACUGAAUACCUAUAUGAACUAUUUUCAAAACAAUAUGCCUUAGAAUUGAGCCCAGAACCACUGAAUAAAAAUUUGAAUUUAUUUCCAAGCUAAAUAACCUAAAACUGUAUUAAAAAUUCCGAAGUUCGUGUUUAGAUGAAAAUGUUACAAUUACAAUAAAGUUACAGUUUCAACAGCUUUCAUUCAGUUUUUUGCUCCUCCUGUAAAAUUUAAUUUUGUGUAAUCAAAUUUUCCAUAUUACAUAAUGUAACAUAAUAAUUAUUACUUACAGUAUUUGAUGUCAUAUUUCUCGACUGUCUGACCCUUGCCUAUAAUUAUUAUUAUUACACAAGUGAAUUAUGUAGUAAUUAUUUAUUUAUAAUGUAAUUUUAAUUUCGGGAUGGUGUCUCUAGAUUUAAAGGGUAUGUUGUUAAUGUUCGGAGUAUACUGAUUGUUAAAGCAUUUUCAAUUUAGGCUUAAAAAUGAUAUUCUAAUAAAAAUAAAA